UCCUCCACCAUGAUGAGAUUGACCUUUUCUGCCUUGAUUGCAGUUCUCCAUGUUUCCAAUACUUGGGCAGGAAAUGAGACUUUCCUAACGCCCGAGGACAUGGAGCGGGCUCGAGCAACUUUAGCAUCUGGGAACUUUUUAGCGGGGGGAGACUCAGAACUGGCAUGUUCUUCUGAAUCUCGCCGUGAAGAACGGCCUUUGGACCGAGUGUACGAUGCUAAUGUCCUGCGACAUUGGCCAGGAGGCAUUGUCCCUUACAAGUUUAUUUCUAACACUUUCACCAAUAAUGCUAAGGACGUGAUUGCCCAAGCCAUCGCUCACAUUGAGCAAAACAGUUGCAUUCAAAUUCGCCCAGCAACGCCCUCUGACGUUCACUACGUUGGCAUGACCAAUGAACCCAAUGGGUGUUACGCCUCUUUAGGAUUUUCUGAAGGGAAAGGCUUCCAAAACCAGCAUCAUACUUACAAUCUUUCUCCCGGCGGAUGUGAUUAUGUAAGCACAGCGGUCCAUGAGUUUCUACACAUUCUGGGUGCCAGUCACGAACAAACGCGUCCAGAUCGAGAUGAUUUUGUUUUCAUUAAUUGGAUCAAUAUUGAGAGCGGUAAAGAACACAACUUCUUCAAGACCCGAUCACCCACGACUCCGGCUUCGGUUCCGAUUUGCAACUCGGGACCUACUUCUUCGGGACCUGACUUUUCCGGCUGUACUACAUCCAGUGUCACGGAUACUUAUGGAUUUGCCUAUGAUUAUCAGUCUGUGAUGCAUUAUUCCAAAACUGCAUUUGCCGUGUCCAAUUCUGUUCAGACCAUAACUCCCAUUCCUACCGCCAGUGUGACUGUGGGAAACAAUGUUGGAAUGUCCCCAUUGGAUAUCUCCAAACUCAAUGCUGCCUACAAUUGUCCCAACCGUAGUCCAUCGAGUUCAUGUGAUAUGUCUCUUAUUGGCACAAUGGGAACGCUAGAUCAGAGCACGGCCAUGGAUGGCUGCGAGAUUUUCAUCACCGUUCCUGUGGGACACACCAUCGAGUUCUUUUUUACUGACUUCAAUUUCCCAGAUUGCUCCAAGUCCAUCGCGAUCCAUGAUGGUGAGAUCCCUUCAGAAUUUAACUUGAUCGGCGAGUAUUGUUCCACCAAUGUGCCCACGGUCUUAACGACCAGCUCCAAUAAGGCUCGCUUAAUGAUUGGCAUUCCUACCAACGGGCAAUAUAGUUUGAAAUGGAAAGCCGUAGCCAGCCCUUGCUGUUCUACUGUGGAGGUUGCAGGCACAACACCAGGGCAAACGAGUCGUUUGGGAACUUAUGACAUCGAGUCUGUCACCACAACAAUCAAUGGCGCAACCCGUCCAGUUUAUAAAAUGGGCACUCAAUCGUUGGCUUACACCACCUCGGAAUGGGUUAUAACCACCUACGAUAUAACAACUACCUCCGGAGGAAUUUUCAUCCGAGGGGGUUCAGCCACAUGCCCAACUGCUGCUUACAGGCUCCGAUACUACGACGGCUCAAACACUGUUGACUCGCCCUCUUGGUCAGUCAAGUGUGUUUUAGAUUGUGGAGCACCCCCAACAGCAGCUGCUGUAGGGGCAAGUUCCAUUUCACCUGCCAAUCCUGAUAGCACCAUUUUGGGAUCAAUUGCAACUUAUAGCUGUGCCAACGGAGAUGAAGGAUACGCCUAUUGCGCCACUGACGGAACAUGGAAACAAACUGAUAACUUACCAUGUGGAAGUGUGUCGCCUUCUACAACCACCACCACAACAACUCCUACAACCACUACCACUACCACCACUACCACCACCACUACCACCACUACCACCACCACUACCACCACUACCACCACCACUACCACCACCACCACCACCACCACCAGUCCGACAACGAAUGCAACAAUCCCUAUUGUUUCUCAAUGUGCAUGGCUUUACGUACGAUUUAUGAGCCCAGGGCAAAAAAUCGCUUUACAAUACCCGUUGAGUGGUUCUUAUCCCAAUGGCAUGCAUUGUAAAUGGUUUUUCAUCAGUCCUUUCGGAAGUCAUAUUCAGGUUAAAAUCGAACGACUUGACGUGCACCCAACCUCUUGGUGUCGCCGUGAUAAUUUUACCAUGUUUGGCGUUGGAACCACUGGACUUCGAUUUUGCGGAACUACCACCAACCCAUUCAAUUUCACCAGUAACACCAACUUCUUGAAGUUUAUUUUCAACUCUGAUCAAUCCAUUGGAGCGACAGGAUUUAGAGCUGUUAUUGAAGUUGUGUAAACAGGAGAAAAUUCAGCUUGCAAAAUCCCAGCCUACUUGGGAAAAAGGUGUGACGACCCAUUCAAUCUACAAAAUUUCUUUUGAUUUCAUGUUCAAGGCGACAAAUGUGACAUAUGAUUACAGUUAAUGACAAUAAAAGCUGUUUUUGACACUUUA